UAUAUGAGAGACACUGUAUAUCAUGUUGUACAUCCUGUAAUUUGCAUUACUUCCAGUUCGACGUUGACCUACGUUUUGAACUCAAACUGCAGGAGGCGAUCUCAACUUUCCUUCGAAAAGCUUGUCCUCUCCAGGCCGCCGUAGUGGGAUAUUUGCCUUCGAAAAUGGCGGAGAAGAAAAUAGCAGUGCGCUCGCAGGACCCGAACCAGCGGCGCGUGCUGGACAGCGCGACCCGCCAGCGGCGCCUCACGCGGCAGCUCGAGGCUUUGGAGAAGGACAACUUCCAGGAUGACCCUCACGCGAGCCUCCCGCAGCUGGUCAAGCGGCUGCCGCAGUUCGACGAAAAUAACGAGUCUGGGAAACGGAGAAAAAAGACGAGAGGCGACCAUUUCAAGCAGCGGUUCCGAAAAAACUUCCAGGCACUUCUUGAGGAGGAAGACUUAAGUGUAAGCGAGGGUCCUAACUAUCUAACAGCAUGCGCUGAGCCCUCUAAGCUUCCUCAGCGUCAUUUCUGUGCCGUGUGCGGCUUCCCCUCCAACUACACGUGUGUGUCCUGUGGAGCUCGUUACUGCUGUGUGCGCUGCUUAGGGACACAUCACGAGACCAGGUGCCUGAAAUGGACCGUAUGAUUCUUCAUGCUGGUUGCUGAAAAAACAAGGCUCUUCAACAGCCUUGAAAUUCAGAUUAUGCCUGGUGUUGGACUGCACUAAAAAGGCUGAGGAACAAUUGCUAACCUUAAUUUUGCAAGGAAAACAAGUGUUUCCUGAGGAGAAAGGGGAUCCUUCUUGCAGUCGGGGUGAUUUACUUGCUCAGUGGCACUGCGGAGGUACUGAAAGAAAAGACUUGAACCCCCAGAAACGGACGUUUUUAUGCGCUCAUUGAAUAGUUCUUGGACUGAUGAUAUCCUUGCUCAUCUGCACUCUAAUUAGCCUCAUUCCCGAGGGCCAACACACAACUGUUUUAGAAAACCUGUGCAGCUGGACUGGAAAUCUGCUAGCAGCUUGUUUGCAUGAACUUUCCUCCCAUACCGCCUAGAUUAGGCAAGUCAGUGCACACCCCAACACCUGGCUAGUGGCACAGAGGUCUGCGGUGUGGUUUAAACUCCAGUUAAAAUGCUAGAGAUGGAGCAUUCUCUUUGUUGGCCUUUCAGCAGGAUGUACCGCCUCCUUGAUUUGCUUACAUUCCUCAAGUUAUUGGCUGCUUAUCUUUGCUCUUAAUAAGCCAGCACAUGCAGUCUAGGGCAGGAAGGACAGAAAGCUAGUGAGAGCCAGUAGUUAAGAGUAUUCCUGUGAAUUCCACAAAAAACAUCGUUUCAGAUUGUCAUCUGUGUUUCUCGCUUUUGUCUUUUAAGGUAUGUUUUUCCAUUAGCUGAUGUUAAUGGGAAUAAACAUUGUGCUAAAAUA